UUCACCUUGGCAUCAUCAUCCAUGGCUUGCAAGACUGAAUUGGACGUGGAGGCCAAGUCCUCCGCCGACAAGAUGUGGGAAGCCAUCCGCAUGUCCGCGCAGCUCUUCCCGAAGAUCUUCCCCGAGGAGUAUGAGAGCAUUGAGAUCGUGGAAGGGGACGGCAAGAGUGCAGGCACAAUUCGCCUCCUUAAAUAUGCACCAGAAGUUAAAAUAUUGACCUUCGCAAAGGAGAGGAUUGAUCUAGUAGACGACGAGAAGAAACAUGUUUCUUACACCGUAAUUGAUGGCGAGAUUAUGAACUUGUAUAAAACAUUCAAGGCCACCUUGAAGGUGGAAGGCAAAGGUGAAGGUAGUGUGGUUAAGUGGUGCAUUGACUAUGAGAAGGCAAGCGAGGAGGUCCCUGACCCGGAUCCUUUCAAGGAGGUUGCAGCCAAAACUUUCAGUCAUCUCGAUGAAUACCUUUGCCAGAACUAAUCGAGAGCUGAAUCUUUUGUUAUGCUUUGAAUUGUCUAUGUGCCUGAGGUAAAUAAAAUGAGGAGCAAUGUGGUAGUCUCCUCAAGUGUAGUGAGAAGUGCUAUCUCUUGUCUUUGAUCUUCAGGUUGUUUCGGUUCAUGUUCUAUCUAUGAUUUCAGGGUAAUUUAAGCUUAA